UCCGUGUUGCAAGUGGUGAGAAUAUUGCGUUGAUGUUCGAUAUUCUGGGUAUUGGUAGAAAGUAUUCGUCAUCGAGGGAGUAUGAGGAUUUGGAUAAUGUCGAUUUUCAUCAGAUUGACCAGUUGGUCACGCUGCUUAAUACACUGGCUACCGAUAGUAAUAGACGCCGCAAUAAAGCUGAACGUAAAGUGCAAAGAUCAGCAUUCAGAGAUAUCCUCAAAACAGUUGAGGAAGGUGUUGGUAUUGAAGAAAAAUUGAAGAUCCAGAAACAAACGCUAUUCUUUGACACGUGGCCAAAAGUAAUUCAACUUAAUGCCUUCAGAUAUGCAUUAGCUGAAGGAUUUUACCGUCACAUCGAGCAAAACACCUUGCUUCAAUCAAUUUUUGAGUAUGUACCGUCCGCCUCCGUCAAAGGCAGUCGCCCAGGUUCGGCGAUGAGUUUCCACAGCUCAGACGUUGACAUGUCGUUAUUAUCCUCUACAUUGUCCAAACAAAAAGCGCUAAAAGAAAAAAGCAAAUUUUUGAAAAAUAGAAAACUUAAUAAGCGCGGUGACUUUUUUGAAGUAGGUUAA